AUGGAUCACGUGAUCGCACCCGAAACCGGCCUCCCUGCUCCGGUUGACGAGUCAAACUGGUUGGCCGAGAUAGAGACCCUCGUCGGCCAACUUGAUAGUGGCGUAUGGGCAGAUCAAUGGCCAGAAUUCCAACAGCUGGAUAGAAACCCCUUCGAAUCUCGGCGCAUCAAAGAUAAAGAACCACCCAUAUCAGCAUCACCUCCUCCGAAAAAACCAAGGCUUGGAUCCAAGCAGACCCGAAGUCACAUCACCCCAGCGAAAUGGGAAAAUGUAAAGGAUAUAAUCUCCGAUCUUUAUCUCGAAAAGGACUAUACACUCAAUACAGUAAGAGAAAUCAUGUCCAAACCCCCACAUGACUUCCAUGCAUCUCCUAAGAUGUACAAGAACCAAUUUGAAAUAUGGGGGUUCGCCAAGAACAUUACAAAGAACCGAGUGCAAAGGAUGUUAGUCCCGCGUUCCAUCAAGACCAAGGUCGCCAACAGGUUUAAUGCAAGCCGCAUUGACCGCUAUCUGAAGCGGACGAAAACACCACAAGUCAUGACAACUCACGAGUCGGAUCCGCUUAGCACAAUAUCCGAGCUUUCCGAUCCUUCAGUUGAGGCAAUGCUAAUAUCCGAGCUUUACGAUCCUUCAGUUGAGGCAAUGCUCAGCCCAGCGUCCGAGCUUUCCGAUCCUUCAGUUGAGGCAAUGCUCACAUGUGGUUUCUUCAACAGAGGUCAUAGAAAAUAUACCAUUACCAUGGACUCAAAUGCUUGCGAUGGAGCUCCUUUUGUGGCUGACUCAUGGGGACGACAAGAAUAUCAUGGACUUGACGAACGAGAAUGCGCCCAAAGCUGCAGAUGCCGAGCCGCUUGCGUCUUUUCUGAUAUUGACACCGAAGGCCAUGUCUACCACAAUUUAGUGCACGAACACACCCACAAAUUUGGAGUCGUCUGUGGUGCAGGAUCUGUAUUCGUCGACAUCUACGACACCAGACUCUUAUCAACCUUGAAGAAAGCCAUCCCAGAUGCAUACAAAUUCUUCUCAGAAACUCAGCCUAUUCUUGGGGCUUGCAGUUCUUGGAGGAUCAACGGGAUCGACUUGCUGAAUCACUGCCAAGAACUGAAGAGCUUCAUGAAUGGCGAUUCUUCUGGUUCUGGAUUAUCAUCAGACGAUUCAUUAGACUUGAAACUUCUCGUCGAUGGAUUAUUAGAGGAUGGCCAAGUAUGGAAUCAUCUCGACAUGGAACACCUUUACAGAGAAGGCCUCGUAAAUGCAACUAUCAGGGAUAAAUUCCUCCACCAGCGGCUCAUGCGAGGUAUCCAAAGCCUUGACACAGUGUUUAAGACUGCGACAGAACGAAGAGAAAAAGUCGACGGGGAAUUUGGACCAACAACACCCGAGUCGAACCCGUGGUUCCGCGGUAUUUACGAAUUGGAGUCAUCUCCAACUGGAUUUGAAUUUCAUCAGGAUACGUGGGACCACCAUCGACAGCAGGUCGACGAAAAUGAAGACUCAAAUACUCCACUUGAUGCGGACACCGAACAGCAACACCAGAUUGACCUCAACACGAAACUUGUUGCAGCAUGUAGAGCCGGUUGGGAGCCCGCUGUCACCUCUCUUCUUUCCUCGGGAGCGUCUCCUAGCUGUCUCGUUGAAAUAGGUGGCAGGGUUUACACUCCCAUCAUUUCUGCAAUUGAGGGUAGAUAUGAAAGUAUCGUACAACAACUCAUUCUUACAGGCGCAAACCUGGAGCACAUGGCAUCUGUCCAGUCCGAGGAGGAGACACUGCGGUAUACCGCACUCUGGGCAGCAACAAAGACUAAUCAGCCCUCAAUCGUUCGCUUGCUUCUGGAACAUGGCGCAGACUUGAUUGCGCGGUCCAUCGUCCAAGAUGGCGUUUCACAACGAAGCUUUACUUGCAUGAGCGAAGCUGCACGGCUUGGGCUGGCUAAUAUGUUCAACCUUCUCCUCAUGUGGGACACUUCUUAUUCGGAGGGUUUGAAGAAGACCAAAUUCAUCGAUGAUUCGCAUCCAGACGCAGAACAAGCAAAAAAGCUCUUUGAGGCCAUCAAGAUGGGAAGUGAAACAAGCUUUGUCGAAGCCCUGGAAAAGCUCGGUGAUCCGAAUAUUCUCAUGUCCAUGGGCACACCACUAAGUAUGGCAGCACAAUUUGAUCAACCAGAUAAGAUUAGAACACUUCUAAAUCACGGAGCCGAUGUUCAGUUAGCAUCUCUCUACCUCUACAGAUCGGGUCAGCAACAGACUUCAAAGGCACUUGUCAAAACAGUCUUUGGGGCACAGAACAUACGUGUCAGAUUCAUCAAACAAUAUGAGCGGCUUGUCCAACUCUCCGAAUCGACCGAUGAAGACAAACUGAAGUCAUUCAAACGUCACUGUUACAACUACCGGCAAGCAUGGGCCAUUGGAAUUGAGACAAUGCAGAACAUCUGUUGCGGAAAACCACCAGAUGGCCCUGAUGGCUUACAAAGAACCUUGGCUUUGCUCGCAGUUGCAAGAGCUAUCGCCGAGACCACCGUUGCUGAUACUGGUGACAUAGGCGUUCUGGAUAAGUUUGAUACUGACCUCCUCCGCUGGCAGCUACUGUUCUCAGAUGACAAGGAUCUCAGCCCUUACCGGCGCGCCGUACAUGAUCUAUGGAAAGUCGAUCUUGAAGGUUCACUGUUCCUGGACCCAGACUUUGAGGAUCCCGACACUCUUGGGCGCUUCAAUGGUCUUAUAUCGGGGCUCAUAGAGGGCGCGCGAGAGUCGCUUGGACUCGACUACCCUUCUGGCCACGGACUGAAUGAGACUUUCUCGCGGUGGAAAAUGCGGCACAAAGACAAGUCCAAAGCCACGCCAGCAGCUUCUCCAGCUCCUAGCAUUUUGCCUGUACAGACGAAUGAAGUAUGGGGGAAGGCGCAUGAGAAUGAGCCACCGGAUCCUUCGCCAGAGAGUACAGCCCCCCCUACAUGCGAUCAAGUCGUCAGCCGAAAAAUGAUACUUCAAAAGACGAGCUGGCUUGAUUCAAGAUCAAAAGCUGCUACAGGCAUAUUCUUCCUAGACUUUACGGGCGUGGCAGAGGAUUUGCUGCGCGGCUAUAUCUUCUCUGUUGUUUUCUUUUUCAUUCACGGCUUGUAUUCUUCGGCUAGAUUGUGCAUGGGGAAAUGUUUAGGCCUCGUGGAACGCUUUAUCGUCAUGUUGAGAGUUUUGAGUCUUCUACAGGCUUGUGAGAGAGUGUCGUACCACAAGGUGCAAGACGAUUCAUCCAACUCUCCGCACGAACAGGACACUGUCACGGAUUCAGUGCAACUAGCGGGUGUAUGGCCUGCGACAACGUCAAGCAAUCAAUGGUACAGCAUGAUUGGUUGUUCCUUGGGUACCUGGCUGUAA